CUUCACGAUAGGCUUGGCUUCUCUUGUUAAUUAGCUAUAAUGGACACACAAAAGCUCCUCUAUUGUGUUCUCUGCUACUUCCUUCUGUCUCUUCUCUCAGCGCAACAAGUGGUGCGAGGAAGUUUAGCUCCUCACCACCACCACCACCACCACAGCCAUCGUCAUAUCUCUAAAUUUCGUCCAUCAAAGCUCUUUGUGUUUGGGGAUUCAUAUGCUGACACAGGCAACACCGGCAAAGCUUGGCCCUCUUGGAAAUAUCCAUAUGGUAUCACCUUUCCAGGUAAACCAGCAGGUCGUUUCUCCGAUGGCCGUGUCCUCACCGAUUACAUCGCUAAGUUCGUGGGGGUUAGGUCUCCAAUUCCGUACAGAUGGAGGAAAUAUGGGAUUCCAUUGUUGAAAUAUGGAAUGAACUUUGCCUAUGGAGGAACUGGUGUUUUUCAGACCUUAUACCCGGGCCCGAACAUGACGACCCAGAUCGAUACCUUCCACCCUCUCAUCACAGACAACGUGUUUACCAUUAGAGACCUCCAGUCCUCCGUCGCCCUCGUCACCCUCUCCGGCAAUGACUAUGCUUACAUUGCCAGUAGCGGCGGGUCUGCUCCGGCAAUUCAAUCUUUCAUUCUCAAAGUGGUGAAACAACUUGCGGUGAACUUGAAACGCAUUCAUGGGCUGGGAGUAAAAAAAGUAGCAGUGACAGCUUUACAGCCUUUAGGAUGUCUCCCUAGGAGCACGGCCAUGGCCUCAUUCCGACAAUGCAAUGGAACCGUAAACUUGCUCGUGAAUUACCACAACCUCUUGUUGGAAAAAGCCGUGGCUACGUUGAAUAACGAAACCAACGACUCUCCUUUCCUCAUUCUUGAUCUCUAUGCCUCCUUCAUGUUCGUAAUCGAGAACAAAGGAAGUAGAAAGUUUGAGAACCCAUUGAAGCCAUGUUGCUUUGGCAUAAGCAGCGAUUAUAACUGUGGGAAUGUGGAUGAGAGUGGGGCCAAAAAAUAUACUCUUUGUAAGGACCCCAAAGCAUCAUUCUUUUGGGACGGUGCGCACCCUACGCAGGAGGGAUGGAAUGCUGUGUAUUCAGCUCUGCAACCCACUCUUGAACACCUUUACUAGGGUUACCAAAAACAAAUGGAGUGGACUUAGUUGUUUGUUGACCAUUUCUGCUUCAUGCAUGGUUUAGGGCUGUGUAUUUA